AUUUUCCUGCAAAAGGCAGAAUGUCUCGUCGGGCUCGCGGUGAAGAGCAGGAAGAACUGCUUUACCAGGAUUCAGAUGUGAUAGACCGACGGGAUAACAGAUGUAAAGUCAAGUGGUCUCGUGAAGAAGAUGAGCUGCUGAAUUCUCUGGUGACGCAGUUUGGACAUGACUGGAAAUUCCUAGCAGGCCAUUUUCCUAACCGCACUGAACAGCAAUGUCAGUAUCGCUGGCUAAGAGUGCUAAACCCUGUUCUUGUGAAAGGGCCCUGGACUAAACAAGAAGAUCAGAAGGUCAUUGAAUUGGUGAAAAAAUAUGGCACAAAGCAAUGGACGCUCAUAGCGAAGCAUUUGAAAGGCCGGCUAGGAAAGCAAUGCCGGGAACGUUGGCACAACCACCUGAACCCUGAAGUCAAGAAAUCAUCCUGGACGGAAGAGGAGGACCGCAUAAUAUGUGACGCCCACAAGAUACUUGGAAACCGGUGGGCUGAGAUUGCCAAGCUGCUUCCUGGAAGGACUGAUAAUGCUGUGAAAAACCAUUGGAAUUCUACUAUCAAAAGGAAGGUGGACACGGGAGGCUUCCUUAAUGAAGCAAAGGAAUCCAAACCUCUUUAUUUGCUUGUAGAGGUGGAAGGCAAGGAAGGACAAAAUACACCAGAAGGGGAAAAUCAGGUAGUGCAAAACUGGCCUGUCCAGACUUUGGAAGUAAAGAAGGAAGAAGUUGCUGAUGAAGAGCCAGCAGACCUGCAGAUGUUGCCAUCUGAACCAAUGCUUGAAAGCCUAGUGGAGCCCAGUGCCAAUGAAGUAUCAGAAACCAUGGCACCUGAUGAUCCUCUGAAUGGGAGUCCUGUGUGCACAUGGGUAGUUGAAGGAAACAAUUAUUUAUGUACAGCUCCAGCUCCAGAUAUUUCAGAAGCCCUGGACAUGAUUGAAUCUGACCCGGAUGGCUGGUGUGAUCUCUCUCAGUUUGACUUACCUGAUGACCUAUCUGCAAGUAGUAGCAACAGUCCAGAGAGACAAGCCUCUAUAAAACCCUACUGCUCAUCACAGAAUGUGACAGAAUACCGUUUAGAUGGCCACACCAUUUCGGAUCUCAGCAAAGGGAGUAAGGGUGAACUCAUCCCCAUUUCACCUUGCACAGACAUGAGCUUUGGCACCCCCACUGUGCUCAAGAGGCAAAAGAAGAGGAAAAUAAGUCUCUCGCCAGUUUUAGAGAGUGGCACCAGUGCAAGCCUUUCCUUCCUUGAUUCCUGUAUGACACCCAAGAGUACUCCAGUUAAAAGCACGCCUGUCAAAACUUUGCCAUUCUCCCCAUCCCAGUCCCUAAACUUUUCCUUGUCAAGCAGCCAGAAUGACAACAGUUUACUCAACAGAGGAUUUGUGCACAUAAAGACUGAGAAGGUGCCAUCUUCCAGAAGAAGCCAAAGUAAAUUCAGGGUACCAGCUCUGAACCAGCCGUAUCCUCUUGAUUUCUUUCAUUAUUUAUGCCAUCUAAUCCACACUGCUAUGAUUGCUAUUGAGCAAGUCUUUAUCUCUGUACAUAACCUACCUCACAGGGCUGUUGUGAGAUUUGUAACUCCUGAUCAGAAAUAUACGGCUGAUAAUACACCUCAUACACCAACUCCUUUUAAGAAUGCUCUAGAGAAGUAUGGCCAAAUAAGGCCUUUGCCCCAAACACCUAAUCUUGAAGAGGAUUUGAAAGAAGUACUCUGGAAUGAGGCUGGAAUGGAACUGAUUGUAGAAGAUGACGUGAAGCCAGAGAAACAGAAGAGAAAACAGGGUUUGCACAGGAGUCCAAUUAAAAAGGUCAGGAAAUCCCUUGCUUUGGAUGUUAUUGAUGAAGACUUGAAGUUGACUGUUUCCUCUGUAGCCAACCCUAUUUGCUUCAAAAAAACUCAGUACCCACUUCAGCCUGCAGUCAUAUUUAUUCCCCAGAGACAUUCUCGGAAAGAAAAGAUGAUAAACACUAGAAGAAAUAUUUCAUUGUGGAGUGCUCUUACCAUCUUGCAAAUAAAGAAUAGAAAGAACAGUUCAUUUGCUAUGAUCCCUCAUGGAGAGAAAGAGUUUGGGAUGGUAGCAGAGCAACGAGGAGAAAACUCUUUAGAAAACUACAGAGAUGACCUUGGAGAACAAGAACAACAGCAGAAGUUAGCUAGAGGUUGA